AGUUCGUUCUGACUGACUGCCCUGCCUGGGCUGGCUGGGCGGGCCUGGUUACGGUUUGCGGCGAGCACCUGGUAUCGGGGUCGGUCGGGUCACCUCUGCAUCGGCCUGCUCUCUGCGCUCUAAUUUGACAUGGCGAUGGUGUACUUGUCACUGGUGGGAGUCUCGUCUACGUCGCAUCGAAUUGGCAGCAAGGUCGUAAAAGGCGCCAGGCCCUGUUGAGCAAUCAGCUGCACGCUGCAUUGGCCGGCCCCGAAGCAGGACGUGGAGCGAGUGUCCGAGUUACUGGUUCCUAAUUCUCUGGACUGGCCCUUAGCCCGCUUCGAUCAGUGGGAGGAAGUUUCGGGGUCUUGAGCCUCGCCGCGCUCGGCACCUCUCUCCACCUGCGGGCGUUCUGAUUUGUCUUAUUUCUGGUUUCAGAACGCCUGCUCUGUACAGCUCGAAUCAUACGAGACGAGCAUUUCAUCGGUCUCCUCCCAUUUUACCAGCGGGAGUCUCUGGUCUGGGCCCUGGCAGGGACGUGCUGACACAUCGCUCGCAUCACGCUCUGUGAUCUUGGCACCCUAAGGAUCGUCUGCACGGAGUUCUGAGGACGGGGCCUGGUGACAGCCCUAUACAACUUCGGGCCCUUUUUCUUGUACACUAGCCUGCAUUGUUUGUACUAAUCGCUCUCUUCGCAGCGCAGUCUGUUCCGUAGUUGCUGCGAAGAUUUGUGAUAGUCCAACGCCAUCGUCAGGACGAGUUUGGCGGCAGUUUCGAGCAGGGAGGCAGUAGAGGAUCCAGACGGCCAGCUUCCGGAUCGCUAUUCUCCUGUUGUGUCAGUACGUAAGGAGUCUAUGGUCUUUCUUUGAGUAGUCUGGGUGGUCGCGGGGAGCUGUAUCAUCGUGUUCAACGUCACCUCGACCUGCGAUGUGUCAAGGCUGAAUCGUGUACUGCGCAUGACUAGCAAGAAGCAAUUAAGAGUGCGGAUGGAGAAAGUUGGCUUGAUGAGUCGGCUCCGCACUCGGUGCAUCUUGGUUGCAGUUUCCGUUGCCUUCGGAUGGCUGCUGUUCGUAUUUCACUUUGUUUCGGUCGGCCGCACCCCAGAGUCGAACGCGAAUACUCAGGUUAACCUUCCUUUCCUUGCUUGGCAACAAAGAGAGUCAUUGAGGAGCAGCUUCCUCCCAUCUCCGGAGAAAUUUGCCUCCAGGGAUACUCUAUCAGAAGCCGAAGCUCAAACAUUUACGGAUACCGGAUCGCUAGAGGUUGGCCAGGUCGACAUCAGCAAUCAAGAGGCCGAUUGCAGGGGCAAGUAUCUGUAUCUCUAUGAGCUCCCCAAGAUGUUCAACGAGCGACUGCUCGAGGGAUGUGAGGGUCUUACAAUGUGGGCGGACAUGUGCAAAGAAACUGUGAACCAGGGCUUUGGUCCCCCGAUGGAAGAUCCUGAUGGUGUGUUUCAGGGACCAGCGUGGUAUGCUACAAAUCAAUUCAUGUUGGAGCUGAUUUUCCACGAUAGAAUUAGGAAGCACAAAUGUUUGACUCAAGAUUCGUCCAAGGCUAAUGCACUGUUCGUUCCGUUUUACGGCGGCCUGGAUGUAAUGCCUCACCUUUGGGACGGGGCCAACAUUACGGAGAGAGACUCUGUGCCUAAAGCCCUUGAAAAGUGGUUGAUGAAUAGACCCGAGUGGAAGCGGCUGGAUGGGCACGAUCACUUCAUGACAGGCGGAAGGAUAACGUGGGAUUUCCGAAGGAGAACCGAGCAGGAGAGUGACUGGGGCAACAAGCUCUUGCUCCUUCCCGGCAUUGUGAACCUUACCACUCUCAUUAUCGAAGCGAGUCCGUGGCAUCCGAACGACUAUGCAGUGCCAUAUCCUACCUAUUUUCAUCCAUCAACUGACGAACAGGUUCUCAGCUGGCAAGAUUUCGUCAGGAAAGCAAAGAGGCCGUCCUUGUUUUGUUUUGCUGGGGCUCCUCGUCCUGAGAUAGACGCGUCCAUUCGAUCGCAGCUCAUGUCGCACUGCGACAAGUCAGAGUAUUGCAAUCUUCUGGCAUGCGGAAAAUCGCACGGCAAGUGCCAUUCACCAAGCAAUGUUAUGAAGCUCUUCAAAGAGUCAGUCUUUUGCUUGCAACCCCAAGGCGACUCAUUUACUCGCAGAUCCAUCUUCGACUCGAUGCUAGCCGGUUGUAUCCCGGUGUUCUUUCAUGUAUUUACUGCUUACACCCAAUACGGCUGGCAUCUUCCUGACGAUCACUCUACCUAUUCCGUCUUCAUACACGAAGACAAUGUGAGGGCCGGGAACGUUAGUGUGGAGCAGGUUUUGAGAAAUAUUCCCCCUGAGCAGGUUCAGAGAAUGAGGGAAACGGUGAUUAGCUUAAUCCCGAAAAUCGUCUACGCCCAACCGAACAACAAGAUGACUCUCAAGGACGGAUUUGACAUCGCAAUUGAGGGUGUUUUGGGCAGAAUUACCGAUUACAAGAAGAGUCUCGGUGCGUCUGUUGCAGUCAAACACCAGCAACCAGAGAAUAAAGAUGUCCUCACUACAGAGGACAUUUGGAGAAAGGACCAAGCUGAGAAGGAAGCGCAACGGAUGAAACUGGAGCAGGCAAAGUCUGAGCAACUCUCGAGACUCUCUGAUAGCAACACACAGUGAAGAUUGCCGGUUUUGUAGCGCAGCCCAGUUGGGGCUUUCCACGACUUUCAAGUGGCACUGCGGAAUACGAUUUCCUUCCGCUUGCACGUCAGUCACCAGUGCCAACGAGUCGUCCGAAGAGGUUCUCUCUACCGAAUGGAUACUUGAUGUGGUCGUUGCAUUUCUACCUUGAGGGAUAAAUGAAUGUGGACGGGUGGAGUGAAGAAAGGAGUCCAUUGCAUAGCAAGAAUACCGGCGUCCAUGAUUCGGUAUAUAAUAUACACACCCUUGUGUGGUGUACAGUGUAGGUUCAACUUAGAUCGAAUAACUUCAGAUUAGACUUCUCGUUCGUCAUUCAUGGCAAUUCUGGUGUGGGACGUUCGACCAAAUGUAUGUUCCAGUAUUAUUUUUUUGUCGUUAGCAAGUUUAUCGUAUCCACUGAACCGGACAUUUAUUCAGCAGAGAAACCUGAUCAUCUAUGUGUGAAGGAAGUAAGCUGUGAUAAGUUACUGGGAUGGAGACCUGGUUCAAACCUCUGUGGUACUGGCAGCAAGCUCUCGUGGACCGACGGCCCAUCUCAGAUAUUAGCUGGCUGUCCAUGAAUCAGGAGGCGAAGCGUUCGAGGUUAGAAACCUGGAUGUCAUAGACAGCCCUUAUCACUCCUACGGCCUAACAGUAUCUCAUCUGUGGCGGAAGACAUCGGGUAGUAGAAAAUUUUCCCUGCUUGGUCGUCACUUGCUUCCUCCUCUGAAAGGGGUGAGUUGUAUUUCAUAAAUGUAUUGCAGAAGCUAUAACAACAUUGUCUCUCAUGUACUUCAUGC